ACAUUAAUGAGUGCAUGGAGAAGACUCAUACAUGUCGACCAGGAUCAAUCUGCAUCAACAAGGAAGGCUCGUAUACGUGCCCGUGUCGAGAUGGCUUUUAUUUCGAUAGAGAAACUACCAAGUGUUUACCAGACGCAGUGGUUUUAAACGAACCAGAACAAAGCAAUCUAUCGUUAUCACCAGAAAUCAUCGCGGGGAUUGUCACAACUAUAAUACUACUCCUGGCUGUCAUUGUUGGAGGAUUUUUCUACUGGAAAAGAUCUAGGAAUGAAAGCACUUGUGGUUCUGAAGAACAAGACACGAGUAAAUAUGGUCGAAAUACAAACACCAUGAUGGUCUCACAGAGCUACGAAUUUUGUAACCUCAGCUUUUCUAGUAUGGAAAGUGGACCUAAACGUUCGUUUGAUGCUGUUACGGCUACUGGAUACCCGGCAAGAAUAAAUGGAGAUGUGGAAGAUUACUGUAGUGAUAGUAUAGUGAUAAAAUCACACAAUCGACAUGAAAUGACAUCACAGAAAUCUACUCGAUUGCAAACUUUGGAUGAACAACUGGAAUCAAUUGAUGUUUGA